UUUUGACGAAGGGAGCCGCCAUUUUGGUGUCCCGUCCAUACAAAAACAUGUAAAACCACUCACACUGUGUUUAGUAAGUGAGUUCUAUAAGUAAAGCGUCGAUUACACCUCAUUUGUUGGACAGUUUAUGACUUUUAAGGACACCAGUGAUCUCUGAAAGGUUUAUUGACGAAGAUUUACGCUUCAAAAUGGCGACAGGGGGCGGAGGAGGCAAGAAUUUUAAAGUUGUCUUGCUCGGCGAAGGAUGUGUUGGGAAAACGUCACUUGUGUUACGAUACGUGGAAAAUAAAUUCAACGAUAAACAUCUUUCAACGUUACAGGCAUCUUUCCUAAACAAGAGGUUGAACAUCGGAGGCAAGAGAGUAAAUCUAGCGAUAUGGGACACAGCCGGACAGGAAAGAUUUCACGCAUUAGGACCCAUCUAUUACAGAGACAGCAAUGGGGCAAUAUUAGUGUAUGAUAUCACAGAUGAAGACUCCUUCGCAAAGGUAAAAAACUGGGUGAAAGAACUCAGGAAAAUGCUCGGAAACGAAAUAUGUCUUUGUAUAGCAGGUAACAAGAUAGACCUUGAAAAACAGAGAAAUGUAUCAGUUGCAGAAGCUGAAUCGUACGCCGCUCAAGUUGGUGCAAAGCAUUAUCUCACAUCAGCCAAACUCAAUAAAGGAAUUGAGGAAAUGUUCUUAGACCUUAGUAAAAGAAUGCAAGAAUUAACGCCCAUGGAGGAUCUAGGGAGGGGACCAUCGUCAGCGCGGUCAGCUAGAAAGACAGUCACGAUUGUAGAUGACGAAGAUGUGCCCAAGGCCAGUGGGGGGUGCUGCUCAUAAAAACAGUGUCUUCUAUCCCCCUAAAAAAUACCCUUUCUUUAUGGGCACUCUCCCUAGCGAAAUGCUUUGUGUAUAUAAUACAUGCUCACUCCAUAAUUUGUGUAUAUUAAUUACAGGAAAAAUAAACUUAAUAAAACAAACUUUCUAUUGUACGUACGAAAAAGCCUAAAAUCCUGAAGGGGAUGGAUUUAGGUUAUUUUGGUGGAGAUUUUGAACCCUGGGAGUAAAGAGCGGCAAGAGUGUACACUGAAUCCUCUUGAGGGCGGUGUUGCAUGAGUAGUCUCUGCACAUAUCCAGGAUGAGAAUGAAUUUAAAGCAUGAUUUAUUCAUUAUUUAAAAAAACACAAUAUAAUUUAAUAAGAGAGAAAAAGAGAAAUAUUAUCAUAUUUGCUCCAUCCUGUGGGAAAAUUUGCCUGAAGCUGUGAGGGAAUCGUCGUGUUAAAUUACUGCUUCAAAACUUUUCAUGGAUAUUCUAGAAAAGGUCGCUCAAUCUCGCCCUCAUUAAAAAUGCAUUUCUUAAAAAAAAGGUUUUUUGCUGUGGGAAAAAAUAACUUAUCAAUCGGUUACUCAUUGAAAUAACGCUUAUAGUGUAUUUAGUAUAUUUUAUAAUUUUGGUUACAUUCACUUGUGUGCUGAUAUAGUUCCUAUAUUGCAAUGUCGGACAAAAAAUGGGUUGUUGGACAUUUUCAGCAACUCAACAUUUCUGCGAAUGUUUCAACUGAUUCGGUGCUGAAAGUAGUAGGAAUGAAACCUCUGCGUGGUUUUAAUAGUUCUCUCAAGAGGUAUCAGAAACUAACACUUUUGAUACGAGUCAAAAUCCUGUCUCCUGGUAAAAUAUUGAAAAGGAACAAUCCUUUCUCUGUUCAGGUUUUUAUUUUGUUCGUCAAUCAUUUUUGUUAAAGUGACUUGCGCGUUUUACCUUCCCUCGAUCCGAUUUAACCAUUAUUAUUCAGUUAAAACAUUGUAUGCAGUCUUAAUUUUAAUGCGAAAAAAAAAGAAAAAAAGCCCAGAAGUAUACUUUCAAACAGGUAACUUUUUCUAUAACUUGUGUAAUACUUUUUUUAAAUGUCAUUGAUUGGGGUAACUUGACCUAGCAGUUGCAGUAUUUAACGCACAUGAUAUAUAAAGAGCACCCUCAUCAGUAGUUCCUUCUUUUUUUUCUUUUUCUUUUUUUUGUGUAACCAAGCCCAAGGCCAGAAGGGGGACAUGGUGGUUGCUUACAACUUCACAGGGGAGGCCAGAAGGGGGACAUGGUGGUUGCUUACAACUUCACAGGGGAGGCCAGAAGGGGGACAUGGUGGUUGCUUACAACUUCACAGGGGAGGCCAGAAGGGGGACAUGGUGGUUGCUUACAACUUCACUGGGAACUUGUAUGCAUAGAGGACAGGGCAAAUUUAUGGAUGCGUAGUUUGUCACUAGUUUUUGACAUGUCAGUUUGAUUGAACGGAAAUUUUAUCAGACGCACCGCUUUUUACCAGUCUGUGUGCUCGUCUUCUUUCAUAUGCACUGUUCAAGUUUUGGCUGAUUUUGUAUCAUGGAAAAUUUAAGUUAACUGGGUCCAAUUUCAUAGAGCUGCUUAGCAAACAAAUUGUCUUACCUUACCAAUUAACUGCUUAGCAGAAAUGAGAAGGAUACCAGUCCCAAAUUGUACAUGGGACAUGGUAGUUUUAGCUGAUAACCUUAUUCUGUUGAGCAUAAGUUUGUUGUGCUUAGCUAUUUUUUGUGCCUAAGCAGAUGAAAUUAGACCUAGAACGGUAUCGGACAUCCCUGUUUUUACAUUUCAAUGCCCCUGCUGAGUUUGUUGCAGUUGUCUGUAAUAUAUCUGGAGUUGUUUUUGUGUUGGUAUUGCUGAGCUGUGUAAAGUCAGUUUGUCAUGUGAUUUAUAAACUUCAAGUGCACUAUUAAGUUUUAACGGCCAAAUCCACUUUUCACACAUUUUUUUUAAACACAUGCAAACCAAGUUGGGUAUCGCUGGAAACUGCUAUCUUUGAAUGUAAAAUAUACCCAGACAUCCUCAGAGAGAAUGUAUGUGUAGAGAUCAUUUCGGAUGUAUGCAUGCUAUGGGGGUCAAGUCAAAAUGAGCUUCCUCGUUCAGGUAGGCUUGCAGCCUUUUCCACAUUUUGUACUUGUGGAGGAUAACUCUUAAUAUGUGUUUGAAAUUCUUUUGAAACUGCACAGUUCUGUAGUCAGUGUAUCUUUAUUGUAGUGUUGUCAUGCAUGUGGCUACCAGACUAAUACGGCUGGUUCUCAUACAUUACUGUGUUGAAGUAAUACAGAUUGCCUGGUACUUAGCCGAGGAUUUGUAAAAAGUUAUAAGCCAUAAGCCUUGGUCAUUGGUGUAGAUUUCUUAUUGCGUUGCUGUUCGAUAAAAGCCUUUCAAAAAGAGGCAGAAAACGUACCUCAAUUUUUCCUCAUACAUCACGUAAUAGAAGGCAAUUUUAAGUUUGGAGCAGCAAUUGUGAUACAUUAGAUAUGUUAAAGUAUAUUCACAACAAAAGUCACACAAAUCUGUAACAAGUUCUGCCAGCCGUGGAUUUUUGUGAUGAGCCUUCUGUGUAUGGUUUCAAAAAUUACAAACAAUAAAAACUGGACUGUUCAUAUCAAAUUCGAGACCACUAAUUUAAAAAGUGGAAUAUAUUUUAUAGGUGUUAGUGCAUUAUUAUUGCAUGGAAAUCUUUUUAUGUUGUUAUAUCUCUACUUUAUUUCAUUAACUGGAGGGAAGAAAAUGUCAUAUUUCAAACAGACUGGAAAGGUUUAAGGUUCAAGAUAAAAAUAUAAUACAGGGUUUUUACAGUUGUAUUGUCAGAAUAGAAUAAUAGGUGGAAAUAUCAGUCUGGCACCCUUACAAAGAAGGUCUGCUUGCAAAAGAAUCCAUACCAUUUCAUGUAAGGGUUAAAAAAAUACAAGUAAUACCCAAACAAAAAUGAUAAACUUACCCCCUAGGGGGGUCAUUUGUCAAUACAUAAUUGUGUCAACUGAAUUCUUCUGGAACUCCGAGUAAAAUUAUGGGUGGAUAUACAAAAAAAUAUGAUUUGGCUCCGACUGUUUGGUUGAGGUGUGACAUUUUACCUUCAUUAUCUUAACCUUUAUCAACACGUAUAUAUGUACAUACUGUGCAAAACCAAUUGUUUCUUGGUGUAUCAAUCAGUGGUCAAUAAAACAACAGAUAUUUGCUAUAAAUUAAUAAGAAAGUUUA